AUGUCCGAUUUAGAAUCAAAUAUGGACGCUUUAAGUGAAGAUCUAUCUAAAAACAAGUCAACUUAUGACAGCGGCGACGAUGACAGCGAUGAAUUCAUAUUUGAGGGCAACUUCUUGCCUUAUCAAGGUGAGCCACUUGCUUCGUCUGGCAGCGAAGACAUUGAUACCAGUGAAGACGAGGAUGGUAUUCUAAGGGAGGUUUUAGAGCAGCGAUAUGAAAAAGUUCUGCCAGUACAAAGCUGGUAAGCCUUCGAAUGUGUAUUUUAAUAUUAAAUUAUGGAAAUGAUGCCGUUAUAUCCAUGAGUUCGUGCGAUGCUUGAAUGUAAAUGGUGCUCAGCAGUAUUAUAAAUAAUCUCGAUAAAUAUACUGUAUUUGUGUAGGUGCAAAUGUGGGAACUGCAACGAUUCGUUGCUUGUUGGGUCUCGUGAAUAUCGCUGCUGUAAAGAAAUUAUCGAAGCGACAGGAAAAUUUACAUUUGAAGGGUUAGACGCCAUGUGUAUAACCAGCCAUGCAGAUUUCGAUCCCUUGACUAAUAAAACAGUCCUGUUACAAGCUGGUCCUUUGCUCAAAACUAAAAGUGAUAGGUGCUACAACAAGUAUGGCCACACAGAAAUCGAGUAAGUAUUUAUUGUAGUAUUAAAGGACACAAGGAAAUAAAUCUUGACCACAGUGAACAAAUUCUCAUGAGCAUUUUAUAAUGACAGUGACAGUAUGCCUCUUGUAAAAUGUAAUGCUUGUUUAUAUAAACUCAAGCUAAAUAGGGGUAUAAAACAAUAUUAUAGUUUACCAAAAAUCCAAAAUGCCACAGGUUUUGAUUUAUACAAAGAGACUAUCAUAACUUUAUUUGAUUUAUAAACAAAGGGUCAAGUUAAUAUCUGGCAAUUUAAAAAUUAGUUGGUUGUUACAAUCCCCCAUACAUACUGCAGGUAUUGUCACAGUGACAAUAUAAUAUUGCUUCAUCUGAGUGUAAGUAUUUGUGACUGAACGGUUUUAUGGUGCCAUUGACAACUAUUUCUUUUUUUAAUAUUUUUACGUGCAGUUGAAUAUCGCGAGAUAGGCUGGGAAAAUACCCGACCACUGGCUGCCUGUGUUUAUCACAACAUUAGAAAGAGAUUUUUUUCAAGCAAUUCAAAAGGAUAUGUAUCUGGGCAGGACAGAGCAACUGUAGAAUGACACUGGUAUGAAGUUAUUUUGAGUAAUUUCUCAUCGCGUCUCAUGUAAACAUGUAUUCUGUGUAAGAACCUGUUUACUCAGAACCAGACAUAUUUUUGUCCAAAUAAAAAUGUGUACUGAUUACUGUACACAGUACCAGACAAAUAUUUUCACAAUUUCAAACUAGGUAUGCAAACCUUGCCUGGAUGGGUGAACAAAAAUAUGCUUGGAUAGGCUGGGCCAGUGUGAACACAAAGUGUAUCAGCACAAAUAUUUACCAGACAAAAAUUUGUCUGGUACCGUUAUAA